AUGGCGCCUUUCGAUCUCGACGCUUGUAUUGAGCAACUACUACGGAAACAACUUCUGCACGAGGCACUGCUGCGAGAAAUAUGCGAAAAGACAAAGGAGGUGCUUAUGAGGGAGUCCAACGUCGUGCACGUUAGUGCGCCUGUCACAGUGGUCGGGGACAUCCAUGGCCAGUUCUAUGACCUCAUUGAGAUCUUUCGGAUAGGCGGCUUUGCACCGCACACGAACUACCUCUUUCUCGGCGACUAUGUCGAUCGAGGACUCUUCAGCGUCGAGACGAUAUCCCUCCUCACGUGUCUCAAGCUACGAUAUCCCGACCGCGUCCAACUGAUUCGAGGCAAUCACGAGUCCCGGGCUGUUACGCAAACUUACGGCUUCUACACCGAAUGCGUGCGCAAGUAUGGGUCGUCCCACGUAUGGACGUACUUCACGGACAUGUUUGACUUCCUGACGCUCUCGGUGGUCAUUGAUGAUCGAAUAUUUUGCGUUCAUGGCGGUCUGUCACCGUCCAUACAUUCCAUCGACCAAAUAAAGGUCGUGGACAGAUUCCGAGAGAUUCCCCAUGAAGGCCCAAUGGCAGACCUAGUUUGGUCGGACCCGGACCCGGAAAAGGAGGAUUUUGCAAUAUCCCCUCGCGGUGCCGGGUAUACAUUUGGCUCGGGCGUCGUUUACAAAUUCUUGGAGACCAACAACAUGUCACACAUUUUGCGCGCGCAUCAGCUCUGCAUGGAAGGGUACUCAUCGUUGUUCGAUAAACACCUGUCUACGGUAUGGUCCGCGCCAAACUACUGCUAUCGAUGCGGCAAUUCGGCGAGUAUAUUGGAAGUGGGACCAGGAGAAUCAAUGUACUUCAAUGUCUUCCUGGCAGCGCCGGAGAAUGAGCGGGACGGGCCCAGCCAACAAGCGGCCCAAAAUGCAGGUGGCAAGCUGCCUGAGUACUUCCUGUAA